AUGCCGUCCCUUAAACCUUUCGGAGCCGCUGCGACCGCCAUACGAGCCCGCCUGAGCUCCUCCCUACGCACUCGCGGCGGCGGAGGAAACGGGCUGAAUAGAUGGGCCAGCCCGGGACACGAGGAUCGGCCCAAAGGCUUCGCCUUCAACCGCACGCCGCCCCCGCCCGGCGAGUCCCGGAAAUGGGAAGACUGGGAGCUGCCCUGUUACCUCACCAGCUUCCUCACCGUCGUCAUCCUCGGGGUGGGCCUUAGCGCGAAGCCCGAUCUGACGAUCGAGACGUGGGCCCACCAGAAGGCCCUCGAAAGGCUUGAGCUUGAAUCUGCUCAAUCAGUUGAAUCUGAUUGA